AUGUCCCUUGCUGGUGCUUCCCUUUCAAAAGAAGUUAAAUGGAAUGUUUACAAUAACCAUAUAUACUAUGGACCGACCAUUGUUUUUUUCUUGGAUGCUUAUCAGACUCUUUGGACUAGUUACGAUGCAUGGUCUGGAUAUAAACAAACGCACUUGCAGACUUUCAAACCAAUCAGGAACGAUUCAUGGAGGCUACUACCAAGACUUCUGAUACUUUCCACCUUAGGAAUAGGAGCAGUUUCGUUAUGCAUACUUUUAACCGGAAGUUUGGUACCAUUCUUGAAGAAGAGGCCCAUUGUUCUGAAUGGCUGUAGGAUAACAGGGUCAGUCUUUUCUGUUUGUGCAGGUACAAUCUUAGCUUUCACACUACAGUACUUCAAAACACACUACCAGUCGAUUUUGGCUGAGAGUUUCGACACAGCAGGUUCUGGAUACCCAGAAAAAGAUAACAUAUCUACGGGAUUCUACCUUGCAGCCAUUGCAUGCGCAUUUUACUUUAUUUCUUCCAUCGUUAACAUUGCAAAUGUUGUGGUACUUAUCAAAGCUGGAAACAUGCUUGUAAAACCUUCAGAACAAGGACCUGAAGAGGUCUUAUAAUAUACGAGGAGAUUGUUAUUGUAACAUAAUGAUCGAAUGUAACCACAUAAUUUCAGUUAACGAUUUAAUUAGACUAGUUUAACUAUUUUUAGAAUAGUCGUCUGGUCUUUAUGUUUACCGAUAGUUCUCAUCUGGACAUAUUCUUUAAGUAUGAAUUCGA